AGCCGCCUUACAACAGACCCGCUUUUCUCCCCGAAGCAUCGCGCCCAUAAUUUUGGAGUGCACUAGUAUUUUGAACUUUACGGUUGAACUGCAUUGAAACGAGGGUUAGUGACUUUACUCUGUUUAUUCUGUUAAGACAAGUGUUGGAGUAUGAAAGCCUUACCGGAGGAGACGCUUACAAAUAUGACACCAUAGACAAGUUAUCACACUGUAGCUGGCGUAAGGAUACAUGUGACUACAUCCGGUUUUCAAAAUAAGGGGUUCACACGAAGUGAAGUAUAUACUAACACACAUAGAAAAUAAAAAUUGGUUUAUAUUCACACGAAGUAAAUAUUAUUAUAUUUAAUAUUGAUUAUAAUAGCUCUCGAUAAUGUAAAGAAAAAUACUUCAUUCAUUUUGUGAGUUCUACAUGUAGACUAAAAACCAGGCAUUUUUACUUUUACUUUUUAGAGAUUGCUAACAUGCGGAAGAGGAUUAGGGACACAAGCGAAUUUUUUAUUUAUUUAUUUAAUUUUUUUAGAAUCUUCUUUCAUUUUAUUUUGAAAACCCGGACCUAGUCGCGUGUGUAUCCCUGCGCGAACUCGACGUGUCGGACGCAAUUUGAUAAACUGGAUGAGUUUGUGCUCCAGUACAAUCACGGUUUCAUAACCACAGUGAGGAAACUGUCAGAGCACAGUCGCUAAUGAAUUUGCCUUUAAAGCCAAAGACUCACACAGACUCACUCCAGAAAAAUAAAAAAAGUCAAAGCUCCAGAUGCUGAAAGAGCAGUUGAAUCAAGGACUAACUGUAACCGCUGAAGAGAUAUCUGGACACUCAGAAAGAAGGAUGGACGAGUGUGCGGAGGAACUUUCUGGCGUGAGAGAAAAUAACCGACGAUACAAGCUAGUGGCCGCCAUUUUAAACCCCAAGGUUCAGCUAUACAGCGCAGAUGUUCUUCAGGUGGAAACAGAAGCUUGUGAAGAGGAUUGCAGUGGAUCAGAACCAGCCCAGACCUUAGAGCCACUUACUCAUCUACAACAAGGUACAGCUGACGAGGCAUCAGACCCUCCAGAGACCUCAGAGACUCAGGUCAGCGAUAAUGAUUGGCAGAAACCUUUGUCAGGUUCUGAAUAUGAGAGCGAAAGCAGUGAUGACAGUUCGACGGAGGACCAGGGACCUGAAUCAGGUUUACAGACUCUGAAAAGUAACGGUGUCCAUGUAGGGGAUACAAAACGUAACACUGGCAAGAAAUCUCGCUGCUCCGAGUGUGGUGGUAAACUCUCUUCGAAGAGGAAUCUGAAGAUACACAUGAGAUGCCUACAUACAGGAGAGGGACCAUUUGGUUGUGAGGUGUGUGGGAGAAGAUUUAUAAUGUCGUGUCAUCUCAAGCGACACAUGAAAGUUCACACCAGAGAGAAAUAAUUUGGUUAUGAUGGUUUGAGGGCUCUCCAGGUACACAAGAGGUCCACACCUGAUAGUGUUUGUUGCAAAAGAUUUACCAGUCGUGUGUGUUUGUAGGCGCAGGAGUAAAUCCAGUUGAGUUGUUCAGCAGUAAAAGUCAGAAAACUAAACAUACGACAGUUCAUCAUCCAGUUACACAGCACUUAAAGGAGCUAUUUGUAAGUUUUGCUAUUGCUACACAACAGUUCAUAGUUCAGAUUUACUGACAUAUGACAAUAAAACACAAGUUAACUGGAACAUUUUUGGUAGUUUCUAGAACAUUUUUGUGCUGUAUUGAGCUGUUUUCUGAGAUAUUUUCAAAUGUCAUCAUAAGGUUUGUUUCCUAAAGGUUCUCAUCAGAUAAUUUCUACUGUUGUUUUAGUGCCAGUUCAAGUGUUAAAUCCAUGCUUUGUUAGGUUCUACCGCCAGUUUAAGGUGCAUCAGCAGACACUUUCAUCUGUCUUCUGACCGUCCUGUAAGCCCCUCCCUCUUAGUAACUGUUGGUGGCUUCAUGACAAUCCAUCCAUUGAUGGUCACUGUUUUUACUUUACACAUGUAUAACAAGAUGCAUUUACAAUGAAAACAAAGAAAAAGUGUCUAUUUUUCUAUUCUGGACUCUGGUCAAAGGAAUUAAUUUAAAUAAAUAAUUUAAUAAUAAUAAUUCUGAUUUUAGAACUCAAGUUUGUGUCUGUUGUAAAUUCAUAUGAAACACAGAAUACAUUCUUCAUCUACUGCGUUCAGGUUUGAAAUACAAGUGCAUCAGUUGCUGCAUAUAAGAAGUAGUUAAUUCAUGCAUCAGCACCAGGUGGUACAAAGAGAGGAGGAGGUGUUCUGUUGCUCUCUCUGUUAGAGCCAAAGUAAAAAUGAAAGAAAGAACAGUUUUGUUUGAGCAAAAUCUGGUCUUCACCCAGAGACUUCACGUGCUGAGGGAUUUGGAAAUUUCAUUGCUAGUUUUACUCUGAUCAGUUUGGAUGUAAAUAAAUCUGAGAAUGUG